AUGGAUCGUCAAUCACUGUCGAGUGGCCAUGAGCGCACCAGCGAAAAGGCUCCUCUGCUACAAGAUGAGGAAAGCAGGUCGCCGAUUCCCGCAUCCUACUGCGCUACGUGCGGUCGCCGCCUCCGGGAAGCGUUUCAUUGGCGUGCCUUCGCCGCCUUCAUGGUCCUCUUCGUCAUAUGGCUCUGUUAUGCCGGCUUCGUUGUGAAGGAUGACUGGCCCGAUAUUUUGCCUUUCUCCCUCAAUACAAACAGCAAAGAGCCCGAACACAAAGGGGCUGACAUCUGUCUAACGCCUGCGUGUGUUCAUGCCUCCUCGGAGCUGCUUUACAACUUGUCGCCCGACUAUCAAACCCUUGACCCGUGCACCGACUUCGAGGAGCUGGUUUGCGGAGGUUGGAGGGAGCGUCACGAUCUACGGCCCGACCAAGGCGAUGCCUUUACCGGCACGAUCAUGAGCGAGAAUUCUCAGAUGCUACUCCGCCAUAUCCUCGAAGCUCCGUACCCCGGCUUGUCGGCGCAUUCCUACUUCUCCCCUGCCACACUCGACAGUACCACAGGCUCGGUGGACAAGGAGAAUUUCGACAAGCUCAAAGCGGCCUAUGAUGCUUGUUUGGAUGAGGACACCAUCGCGAAAGUCGGCGUUGCGCCAUUGAUCGAGAUACUCAACGAUACCGCGAAACAUUUUUCAUCUGGCGACCUCUCUGUCACAAUUGCAUUUAUGCUCAAGGCUGGCAUGUCGACUGUGAUAUCUGCUGACACGGGUGCCGACGACAAAGAUCCAGAUACGGUGGUGGUCUCCAUCGCGGCUCCGUGGAGCAUUGGUUUACCUGCACGGGAAAUGUACGAAGAUGAACAGCUCGUGAAGAAGUAUGAAGACGUGGCUUCGAAAGUUCUCUCGGCACUCCAAGAUGAGGCCUCUACCGAUGCAGUCGAUGCUCAUGAUCUGGUCGAGUUCGAAAAGCAGCUUGCGAAAGCCGCGCCGACUGCUGAAGACCGCAACGACGUGACGAAAUACUACAACCCCAUGUCUCUAGCUGAUGCUGAUGCUCUAACUCCACAACUGAGGCUGUCGGAAAUCCUCCAUAGCCUGGUACCCUCAAACUACCAAUUGGAGCGAGUCAUAGUCAUGGCUCCAAAAUACAUGAAGGAGCUUAGUAAAGUGCUGGCGGAUACACCAGAAAAGACUCUGCACACAUACUUCAUGUGGAAGGUAGUCCAGUCGUACGCCAGCUUUAUUGAGGCUGACGCGGUCGCUCCUCUCAAACGAUUUUCAAACGAGCUGGAGGGCAAGGACCCAGAUACCAAACCGGAACGAUGGCGAACGUGCGUCGACCACGUCGACUUUGGAGUGGGCUGGAUCCUGAGCCGCUUCUUCGUCGAAAAAGCCUUCUCGGCCAAGGCGAAAGAAUUUGGCGAUCAAAUUGUCUCCGACAUAAAGGAUCAGUUCAUCGAAAAGCUCAAGGUUACCGAGUGGAUGGAGAAGGAAGUGAUUGAGCUGGCCAUUUCCAAGGUCCACAACAUUGUCCAAAAAAUUGGAUAUCCGGACAAGAGCCCAAACAUCAUGGACCCCGCGAGUCUGAAGAAAUACUACGCUCCAGUCAACAUUACUUCUUCGACGUACUUCGGCAAUGCUGUAUCGAUCAUCCGUGCUGAGCUCGCUCGCGAGUGGGCGGCUCUGGGCAAGCCUGUGGAUAGAAAUCAAUGGGAUAUGACUGUUCCAACUGUGAACGCAUACUACAAUCCUCCCGGCAACGAAAUUGUUUUCCCAGCAGGAAUCAUGCAGUUUCCCGUCUUCGAUGUCGAUGUCCCCCAGUAUCUCAGUUACGGCGCCUUCGGGUCCGUAUCUGGGCACGAGCUCUCUCAUGCAUUCGAUUCGACCGGUCGCCAUUACGACCAGAACGGCAAUUUCACCGACUGGUGGACGGAAAAGACGGUCGAGAACUUCAAGAAGCGGGCAGAGUGUUUCGUCGAGCAGUACUCCAACUUUACUGUACCGGGUCCUGAUGACAAACCACUCCAUGUCAACGGCCGACUGACCUUGGGCGAAAACAUCGCGGACGCAGGUGGUCUAGCGGCAGCAUUUGCGGCGUGGAAGAAGCGCGCGGCGGAGAAGCCCAACCAGGAUCUUCCUGGGCUGGAGUUCUUCACACAGGAGCAGUUGUUCUUCGUCAACUACGCCAACUGGUGGUGCGGAAAGACCAGGAAGGAAACUGCCAUUCAACGAAUCUACCUGGAUCCUCAUGCACCCAAGUUUGCCAGGAUUCUGGGCACCAUGGCCAACUCGAGGGACUUCCGGGAGAGUUUCCAGUGUGACAAGAAAGAGCCCGUUUGUGAGUUGUGGUAG